AUGGAGAAAGGUGAGAAGGUUAGUGUUGUUUCCGAAAGAAAAAGCACGGCUAAACUUGAUGAGUUACUAGAGAUUGAGAAAUCGAUGCAGGCAAGAUGGCAGCAGGAACGAAUUUUUGAACCAGACGCACCAGUUCCAGGGUCAGAAGAGGAAAAACAGGAGAAGUACUUGGUGACAUUUCCGUUCCCCUAUAUGAAUGGUCGAGCACAUCUGGGUCACACAUUCAGUUUGUCUAAAUGUGAGUUUGCAGUUGGCUUCCAGCGCAUGCUGGGUAAAAGAUGUUUGUUCCCUUUUGGCAUGCACUGUACAGGGAUGCCUAUCAAGGCGUGUGCAGACAAGCUGCAGAGGGAGAUGGAGGACUUUGGGUACCCUCCACAGUUUCCUCAAGAAGAAGCCAAGGUGGAACCACAGCCGAAGGAGAGUGAGAUUGGAAAAGACAAGUCCAAGUCAAAAAAGACUAAGGUUGCUGCCAAGACUGGAGGCCUGAAGUACCAGUGGCAGAUCAUGGCGUCCAUGGGACUGACUGACGACGAGAUCAAGAAGUUUGCUGACCCCAUGUACUGGCUGGGCUACUUCCCACCACACUGGAUGUCUGACCUCAAGCGAAUGGGAGCUAAAGUUGAUUGGCGUAGAAGUUUCAUCACUACUGAUGCCAACCCGUACUUUGAUUCCUUUGUGAGAUGGAACUUUCUCCGAUUUAAAGAGAGAAACAAAGUCAAGUUUGGCAAAAGGUACACCAUUUUCUCACCGAAGGACAACCAGCCUUGUAUGGAUCAUGACAGAAGUUCAGGAGAGGGUGUCGGUCCACAAGAGUACACAUUAAUUAAGAUGAAAGUGAAGGAGCCAUACCCGCCCAAGUUGCAAUCUCUGAAGGGCAGACCUGUGUAUCUUGUGGCAGCCACGCUGCGACCAGAGACCAUGUUUGCACAGACCAACAGCUGGGUGAGGCCCGACAUGAAAUAUGUGGCAUUCCUCACCAAGAGCAGCGAUGUGUUUAUUUCCACGGCUCGGGCGGCCCGCAACAUGUGCUACCAGGGUAUGACCCCAGACAACGGCAAGUUUGAAGUGCUGGUUGACCUUGUUGGACAGGAUAUCAUGGGGAUUCCCCUGGAAGCUCCUUUGACGUCAUACAAGACCAUCUUUACUUUGCCCAUGUUGACCAUCAAAGAAGAUAAAGGGACGGGUGUGGUGACCAGCGUACCAUCUGAUGCACCUGAUGAUUAUGCUGCUCUGCGGGAUCUGAAAAAUAAGCCACAACUGAGAGAAAAAUAUGGAAUCAAGGAUGAAAUGGUGCUACCAUUUGACCCAAUCCCCAUCAUAGAAGUGCCAGGAUACGGGAACUUGUGUGCCAUAGCAGCCUGUGAUAAAUACAAGGUCGUCAGCCAGAAUGAUCGGGAGAAGUUGACCGAGGCCAAGGAGGACACAUACAAGAAAGCCUUUUAUGAGGGAGUGAUGAUUGUGAAAGGAUUUGAGGGCCAGAAGGUUCAAGAUGUGAAGAAAGUGAUCCAGAACCAGUUGAUUGAGAGCAACGAUGCAGUUGUGUACAAAGAGCCGGAGAAGCUGGUCAUGUCUCGGUCUGGAGAUGAGUGUGUGGUUGCCCUCUGUGACCAAUGGUUUCUGGAUUAUGGUGAGCCAAACUGGCGUGCGGAAGCAGAGAAGUGUCUGGCAUCAAUGAACACAUUUUCGGAAGAUGUGAGACAUAACUUCUUGUCCACCCUCGACUGGUUACAUGAGCAUGCUUGUUCUCGCAGCUAUGGCCUAGGAACAAAGAUGCCUUGGGAUCCCCAGUACCUGAUCGAGAGCUUGUCUGACUCCACAAUCUACAUGGCCUACUACACGGUCAACCAUCUUCUGCAGGGCAGAUGGGACGGGAGCCUGGCAGGAUCUGCAAAUAUCAGACCAGAGCAACUGACGCCAGAAGUCUGGGAUUACAUCUUCUACAAGUUGAAGCCAUAUCCUGGCAGUUGCGGUAUCCCCAAGGCCAUAUUGGACAAACUGCGGCACGAGUUUGAGUACUGGUACCCUGUGGAUGUUCGCAUGUCAGGCAAGGAUCUGAUCCCUAACCACCUGACCUAUUUCAUAUAUUGCCACACUGCCAUGUGGCCAGAUGACAGCAGUAAAUGGCCGAGAGGAGUGCGUGCUAACGGACAUCUGCUGAUCAACUCAGAGAAGAUGUCAAAAUCAACAGGAAACUUCUGCACGUUGGAGGAGGCUAUCAAUAAAUUUUCUGCUGAUGGAAUGCGGCUGUCACUUGCCGAUGCGGGUGACCACAUCGAGGAUGCCAAUUUUGUGGAGAAGAUGGCAGAAGCUGGACUGUUGAGACUGUACUCCCUGCUGGAGUGGGUUCGAGAAAUGAUUGCUAGCAAAGACACGCUGAGGGCCGGUCCUGAAAACUCUUACACCUUUAAUGACAGAGUCUUUGUCAGUGAGAUGAAUAAAUCCAUCGCAGAGACAAAAAGCAACUAUCAGGAGUACUUGUUUCGGGCAGCAUUGAGGACUGGCUUCUUUGAGUUCCAGGCCAAGCGAGACAGAUACAGGGAAGUGGAAACCAACGGCAUGCACAGGGAUUUGGUUUUCAGGUUCAUUGAGACCCAGGCUUUGCUGCUGGCCCCAAUCUGCCCACAUCUGACAGAGUAUAUCUGGGAGCUGUUGGGAAAGUGGACGAACAACCAGAACUUUCCGCCGAGUUUACAGCCGGUGAACGAGAAGAAGAAGAAUUUU